ACUCUCAUACACUAAGAGACACACUCUUCUUUCCACACAUCUCUAUACAUAAACACAUACACAACACACAUGUUCCCUCACACACACGCGCAGCCACUCAGUCCAUCAGAGUCCAACAUACCUGUGCUGGCUGGGGGAAGCGCUGCUAGAGGGGGGUUUCAGCAGCAACGUUUCUGAGGGUGCUUCGCUGUCAUUUGGGGGAAGAAGCCGGUCUCAAUUGGUUGCUCUUUCUUCUUCCUCUCAUUCCUGGAAUGCUAAAACUGGACUGAUGGACAUUUCAGAACUUUGUCUUCCAGACCCUCUCAGCUAUCAUAACCAGGCUUUGUUGUCCAAUUCAUUAGAGAGAUUCCUGAGUCCACUGGCCACGCUGGAGCCUUCUCAUUUCUGGCUGCUGAAUAGAAUGGCCGCUGAUGACCGGCACCUACCCUCCAGCUGUGGGUCCUACAUCAAAACAGAGCCAUCCAGUCCAUCUUCGGUCAUCGACACGGUCAGCCACCACAGUCCCAGCGGCAACUCAGAUGCUAGCGGCGGCUAUGUGAGCACCAUGAACAGCCACUCCAACGGCCUGGACUCUCCUCCUAUGUUCACCCCCGGCGGGCUCGGAGCCGGCACCUGCCGCAAGCGCUAUGACGACUGCUCCAGCACUAUCAUGGAGGACUCGUCCAUAAAGUGCGAAUACAUGUUGAACUCCCUCCCCAAGAGGCUGUGCCUGGUCUGUGGAGAUAUAGCCUCGGGGUAUCACUAUGGUGUGGCCUCUUGUGAGGCCUGCAAAGCCUUUUUUAAAAGGACAAUACAAGGCAACAUUGAAUACAGCUGUCCUGCCACAAAUGAGUGUGAGAUCACUAAAAGGAGACGCAAAUCAUGUCAGGCAUGUCGCUUCAUGAAAUGCCUCAAAGUGGGGAUGCUGAAAGAAGGUAAGAAGAGGGUUCGCCUGGACCGAGUGCGAGGGGGCAGACAGAAGUACAAGCGGAGGUUGGACACUGAAAACAACCCGUACCUGGGCUUGGCGCUUCCCCCUCCUACCAAAAAGCCUCUCACAAAAAUAGUGUCUCACCUGUUGGUGGCGGAGCCAGAGAAGAUCUACGCCAUGCCUGACCCCACCAUGCCCGAGAGUGACAUCAAGGCUCUGACCACACUGUGUGACCUGGCUGACCGCGAGCUGGUCGUCAUCAUCGGCUGGGCCAAGCACAUCCCAGGUUUUUCAACGUUGUCUUUGGGAGACCAGAUGAGUCUGCUUCAGAGCGCCUGGAUGGAGAUCCUCAUCCUCAGCAUCGUGUUCCGCUCGCUGCCCUACGAGGACGAACUGGUGUACGCCGAGGACUACAUCAUGGACGAGGAGCACUCGCGGCUGACGGGGCUGCUCGACCUCUACGUCUCCAUCCUGCAGCUCGUCCGCAAAUAUAAGAAGCUCAAAGUGGAGAAGGAGGAGUUUGUCACUCUCAAGGCCAUCGCUCUCGCCAACUCAGACUCCAUGCACAUAGAGGACAUGGAGGCGGUGCAGAAGCUGCAGGACGCUCUCCACGAGGCCCUGCAGGACUACGAGAGCAGCCAGCAUCAGGAGGACCCGCGGCGGGCGGGAAAGCUGCUCAUGACGCUGCCCUUGCUGAGGCAGACGGCCACCAAGGCCGUGCAGCACUUUUACAGCAUCAAGGUGCAGGGCAAGGUGCCCAUGCACAAACUCUUCCUGGAGAUGCUCGAGGCCAAGGUCUGAUCGCUGGAGCUACUUUGGGCGCUGCAGAGUGAGACUUUUGAGGAGACCUCAGCCAGGCGGCGAGGCAGCACACACACACGGACCUCACUCCUCAUGCGUUGCUGGGACACCAUCCAAAAAGAGAAGAAACUCGGUUAUUAGUAUAAAUAUAAGAAUGAUGAAGAUUAAUUUAAAAUAUAUAUGAAAUACUAUGUACAGUAAUAAUUUUUUUUUUGGGUUAAUUGUUGGUGGUCAUGCUCUUUGGUGUCCCUCAGCUUCUUCAGAAUAAGUAGACUCCAGUAACAAGAAAAAUUAUUAAUUUUUUUUUCCAAUUUGUUCUGAAGACAGCCGAAGUGUGGACGGCACUAACGUCUUUCUGUCUGGACUGGACAGGACGUGUAUAUUUAUUACCGCGAGACUGAGUGUACAGUUUAAAGUCUGUUGAUGUCGGUGGCCAUUUUCACUCGCCCUCCAAUCGUAGGGAGGAGAAGAAGAAGAAGAAGAAGAAGAAGAAAAAAAAAAAAAGACUUCAAUGUGAACCGUCAAGAGCUCAAACGUCCUCGGAUAUUUACAGUACCUCUCAAGAGCGCCGUGGAACCGUCUCAGACUGGAAGGCUUGUUUAACUAAACUAGCUUAGACAGUUACACUAGUCGGUAGUCUUCUGUAGUGACUCAGCAAUAAAUGACGGUGUGGGAA